AUCCCGCCUCCAUCCCAUGCCCUAGAGCUCCGGGCGGCCGACUCAGGCGCCGAGGAGUGACUCAGCGCGGGGAGGGUGGCGACUUGCUGGGGCUGGAGAUUCGAAGUGUUCAGGGCCUUGAAUGCCGGGAUGAGUGGGGGUGAACGAGUGUCUUUGGAACUGGUCCCGGAGCAGUGCUGGGGCCUAGGGCCAGGGUGAGAUGGAGGGGACAGGGCCAGACUCAGAGACCAGGGCAGGGCGGGAGAAGCCACGGCUGUACCGCCUUGCCUGGGCCAGGGCCAGGGCCAUGGUAGAGGGGCAGGUCCUGAGCUUCUCACCCAGCUCCCCGCCUCAGGACACCAAGAUGCCUGGCGAACAGCAGACAGAGGAGGAGGAGGAGGAAGAGAUGCAAGAGGAGAUGGUGCUGCUGGUGAAGGGUGAGGAGGAUGAGGGUGAGGAGAAGUAUGAGGUGGUGAAACUCAAGAUCCCUAUGGACAACAAGGAGGUCCCCAGCGAGGCGCCAGCGCCGUCGGCCGACCCGGCGCGCCCACACGCGUGCCCAGACUGCGGCCGCGCCUUUGCGCGCCGCUCCACGCUGGCCAAGCACGCACGCACGCACACGGGCGAGCGGCCGUUCGCGUGCACAGAGUGCGGCCGGCGUUUCUCGCAGAAGUCGGCGCUGACCAAACACGGCCGCACGCACACGGGCGAACGGCCCUACGAGUGCCCCGAGUGCGACAAGCGCUUCUCGGCCGCCUCGAACCUGCGGCAGCACCGGCGGCGCCACACCGGCGAGAAGCCGUACGCAUGCGCGCACUGCGGGCGCCGCUUCGCGCAGAGCUCCAACUACGCACAGCACCUGCGCGUGCACACGGGCGAGAAGCCGUACGCGUGCCCGGACUGCGGACGCGCCUUCGGCGGCAGUUCGUGCCUGGCUCGCCACCGACGCACGCACACGGGCGAGCGGCCGUACGCAUGCGCCGACUGCGGCACGCGCUUCGCGCAGAGCUCGGCGCUGGCCAAGCACCGGCGCGUGCACACGGGCGAAAAGCCGCACCGCUGCGCCGUGUGUGGCCGCCGCUUCGGCCACCGCUCCAACCUGGCGGAGCAUGCGCGCACGCACACGGGCGAGCGGCCGUACCCGUGCGCGGAGUGCGGCCGGCGCUUCCGCCUCAGCUCACACUUCAUUCGCCACCGUCGCGCGCACAUGCGGCGCCGCCUCUAUAUUUGUGCGGGCUGCGGCCGGGACUUCAAGCUACCCCCUGGCGCCACUAGCGCCACAGCCACCGAGCGCUGCCCAGAGUGCGAGGGCAGCUGAGCCGCCGUUCUCGGCGUCGCGGGGUGCAAGCGUCUGGCUGGAGAGGGCCACGCUGGGACCCCUGAACUGGGGCUGCAUUAACCUGAACGACUCCUCCCCGCCCCGCCGCCCGGGUCUGGGAAAGGGUGGGACAGCAGGCCUGGCUGCCGUGGAACUGGGAGACAGGGAGAAUCCCCUACCAGGGUCCCUGGAAACCGUGCCCACCUUCCCCUCACUACAUCCCUUUGGCCCAUGUUAGUGAAUAAAGUAUUAUAUCCUCACCCCACCCGUGCCUGUGAAUGAGGUGGGUGGGGAGAGGAGGAAAGUUGGGGUUUUCCCGAGACUUGGUGACUUGAAAAGGGUUCCUGGACCUGGGUUUGUGUGUAGUUUGGUUAUGUCCUCAACCUCAGAUCUGGAAGGGUCCACAAAUACAGCACGUUCAAGAUCAAACAGGCGUUGCAUUCUGCAGAGCUUUGGUGAACAGGUAUGGAGCUCAUGGAGCUCAGUCUAGUAAAGAAGAGACAAGAAAUAGAAACUUUAUAGCACUGCGUUAAAGGCUGUAAGGCUUCAUUAUAAUCAUUAGAUCAUUUUCACCCUCAAAACACCCCAAAGUUAGGUAAAUCUUUUAUCUCCGUUUCUGCAGAUGAGUAGACAGGUACUGAAUGCCAGUAAAUGGCAGAGCAGGGACAAGUGAAGAGGCAACUGCAGUCCACUGUCAUUGGAACUAUGAUGGGGGAAGUUGUUGGACAGGAGAGGUCUUUAUUGUAGUCUUGGAGUUGAGAGGCUCUUCUCAGAGGUGAUGUUUAAGCUGAUCUUGAAGGCUAAGAGAUGGGGUUGGAGAAGGAUGCAGAAAGCCCCUGAAACUGCAUGCCAGGCUUGUUAGAGCUUGCAGAUGUCCCCUGGGGUGGAAUGUAGGGACAAAAAGCAAGGAAAUUGGCAGCACCUAGACCACUAGGGACCUUGGAAGCCAGGGGAAAGGGUCCAAGGCAGCAAAAGGCCUUGAGGGAUUAGAGGGGGAGGGAUGGAUCUGACAUAUUAAGGUGCUAGAAUUCACCGAGUUAGAGUGGCCAUGGGGAUGAGGGAAAGGAGAGAUGGGGCUGACCUUUUUUCUUAGCUUGAGUGACUGCAGGCAGUGUCACUGAGAUGGGGACACAGGAUGAGGUGCAGGACGGGAAUUGAAGGGGUGGCAAUUGGUACACCCCCAUCUGGACAUGUUGAGUGUGAGGCAAAUGUGGAGGGGUUAAGGAGAUGAUUAGAAAUACCAGCUUGGGGAUAUUAGGUCUGGAGUGCGUGACGCCACCUCCAGAAGAGGGUACGCAAGAAGUCUGAAAGAACAGGCAGAGGUAGAAAGAAAGCCCAAAGUGUCUUGUCUGGGAAAUAUAGAGGAAAGUGUUUCACGGAGGGAGUGGUCAGCUCGCUCAGAUGCUGCCCUGGUGUCCACUGUAAGAGUUUGGGGAAAGUGGUGAGAGCAGUUUCAGUGGAUGGGAGGGAGUUAAAGCCAGUCUUGAGUGGGUUAGGGUAUAAAUGGGAGAAUGAGGAAGCAGAGUGGAUGGGUAGACAACUGUUUUCAA